GUGGCAGGCAGGUGAAUUCUCUCACCGACGCGAUGCUGUUUUGCAUCGUCUGUGUGAUCAGUAUCGACGUCUCACCCGCUUUCGGGAUCGAGGUGAAGUCCGAAGUGGGGCGAUUAUUCGCGGUCGCGAUGAUGAUAGCCGGGGUGAUCUUCAUGGCGAUGCCAAUCGCGAUCGUCGGC